AUGGAAGAGUACUCCCGCUGUCGUCCAGGGUUUGCGAGACAAGGCAAAACAUCUGUGCCUGCACGGGUUUUACAAUCUCUUGGGUCCACUGCAGAAGAUGAAGGGCAGAAUGGAUUUGACUCAGACAACUUGCCAAUUGAAGGCUGGACAGAUGAACCGAGCACGCCAGAGAGGUCACGAAUCAUGUCGACCAGGCUGCGACGGGAGCGGUCCUGCCCACCUCACUAUCUUGAUGAUGUUCCUAUCUGCGACAGCAAUGGCCACAAGAAGGUCAAGAGGCCAGUUUCUGCUGAAGCCACGCACAAUGCACGCAACCUGCACAGCAGGGGUGCAAGGAGACUGACCAAGCGGGGGUCGAAAAAGAAGAUUGGAAAGCGUCCACGGUCCAGAAGGCUUGUGCUUUGCAAAGGUGUCACGCAAGAUUGCCUGGAGGAAGGUGAGGGCGAUGCUGCGCUGCAUGGCAGACGGCUGACCACCGCUACUUCUGACAGUAGGGUCGACACCAACAACGAUGGUCAUCAAAGGCCUUGGAACAUUCCUGAUUGUGAGGGAUCUGAAGAAGGUGCAAUGCCCCGCGACAGGCCUGGAGUGAAAGUGGAUGGAUGCUGUACGACCAAAGAAGAAGGCCAUCGGACAAGCUAUAUCUCCAGCGAAUCAGGGAGGUGCAAGGAGUCACCUACACCUCCUGAUCGUGAACCUUCCACAACAUUCACAAAGCGCCAACGCACACUGACAAGCAGCCUUGGUGGUGGUGGAGGCCCACAAAACCAUGUAGGGCCGGCGCUGCAUUCGAGUGUUGACUCUCCUCCAUCGGCAGCCACUGCCAACCAGCCUCAGUCAAGCCCUUCCCAGAUCAGGGUGGGAAUUGAAGACAAGCACGGCAAUCGGCAGGAGAGGGUACAAGCUCUUAGCUCUGUCGCUUUCCCAGGGCACCCAGGCAGCGCACAGGCUGGCAAUAAGCAAGCAUCCAUGCCCUCUGCUUCUUCUGUGUGGAGGCUCCAGGAUUGCCAGGAUGACAAGGCUGUGGCAAGUCCCAUGGCAGUAAAAGUCAGAAAUGCGACUUCAUCCAGAUGGCAAGGACAGACGACGUGUUCUGAUGAGGUGCUGCAUGAGGAAAGAAGUCUUCUGGGACAGCGCACUACUGACGGCUCUCAUCGGUCCCCCGAACGCGCUACUUCUUCCCCGAGCGGCAGUGAAAUUGGGCUGAUUGGAUCUUGCCACCAUGGUGGGAGUAUGGUGCCAGAUAGCAAAAGCAAUUUGGGGUUAGCAACGACAGUCUGUCGCAGUGAUAUUGGAAUGAAAAUUUCUUCUCUGCACUUGAAGGACAGUUGUGCAGAGUCGGCUGUGGCUGCCACGACCGGUGCUGCACUCCGGAUACCCAGCUGGAUGAUGCUGUACGAGCAGUACAGGAUGAUCGGCAAACGUCAAUUCGCCCAGGAGAAGGGGCGCCGCGCCGCCAGCUGGGCAGGGAUGUGGAGAGCGCAGCAAGAGGGCAGCUUCCUGGCGGGCAAAGAGGCCGCGUCCACGUCCCUUGCGGCAGCCGAGUGCUUUCCAGGUAUGGACAUGGGUGGUUGCGCACCUCAGGGAGGGAUUCUGCAGAAGACGUCGCUCAGUCCCCGGCUGCACCAGGCGCCAUUUCAGAGGCGUUGCGAUAAGAAGUCAUUCGCUGGCGCGCUGCUCGCCCAGGCGGCCGCCAUGACGCCCAGAGGCGAGGAAAAGUCGUCACCCGAGUGUUGCGAUGGCGGUCCGUCGUCAGUGCGCGGCAAGUCGGAGAGCCAGCGCCCAGGAACGGGCGAAUGGAAUAGCCUCAUGCCGAUGGAGAAAUUCAUUUGGGGAUUGGGCGACGGCGAGGGUGCCUUGCCGCACGCGGGCGGCGGCCGGGACUGCCGGGAGUGCCGUGGGGUCGUCAGAUGGCAUCUGCCCCGGCUGUUCUCCAGGAAGGCGGAUUGCGCGAUCGAGCCGCGAGCGCUGAGCCUGGAAGGCGAGUCGGUGGUUCUUUCCGGCCAUGCCGCUGGUCAGGGGUCGGCCUACGGAUUGGGAGCGUUUAUCGCAACGCAGAGGCUGGGUAGGCGGUCCGACAGGGGAGUGGUCCGCGUCGAUUCGGUCCAAGUUCCGUAG